AUGGAACUUGGUGACUGGAGAAAUAGUAUUGUCAAUCAGUUACAAGCCAGGAAUAAGUACGAAACAGCCGCAUUCCAGGACAUAAUUACUUUUCAAAGUAGACUGUUUGAUAAUGUCAAUACUUUGAAAAAUGAAAAUUUACAACUAACAUUAGUUAAUGAAAGAAUAAGAUACUCAAACACAGACAGCAGUUUAGCAGGUGGUGGUAAUGUAAUUAAUGAAAAAAUACAAGCAUUAGAACAAAAGAUAUUAAUUCAACAAGAGGAGUUAACAUCUUUACAUAGACGUCGGGGUGAAAGUGCACAGCAGAUUAUUAAUCUCAAUGCUCAAGUACAUGAUCUGGAAAAGCAAUUACAGGCUAAAGAUAUUAUAUCAGUGAGUGAAGUGAUUUUGUUUUUUCAGGAUGAAAAUCGUUCCUUAGCGGACAGAUUUCUAAAAUAUAAAGCCAAGGAUGCGGAUAAAAUGAAUGAAGAAAAUGAACAUUUUUUGAAGUCAAGCAACCCUACCGCGUUUAUCAUCAACACGAUUGGUAGAGUUAGUUUCGGAAAGAAGAGUGACAAACUCCGCAAAGAACUUGAGGAAGCAGCUAGAGAAGGUGGCAGUAGAAGUAGUGGUGGCUCCCCUGGUGGGUCUGCCGACGAUAAGAUACUUGAUUCUAUGCCGUACUACACGACAUCGUUACCAAACAAAGUAGCUUUAAGAUUUAGUGAACGAGUCAAUAUACAUUGUAUGUAGAUGUACAAUGUAUAUGGACUCGUACACUCUAUAUUAAAACAGUUCAAAAAAGAAUCGUCUGAUCAGCAUUUCGAGUUCAACGCUCUGCAAACUAAAUUCGCCAAUUAAUUAUUAUCAUUUAUAAUCUUAUUACAUUGAAAAAGUGUACAAAUCAUUACACACAUAAUUGGAUUUGGUAAUUUAUUCCGUUUCUCCCUUAAUAUCCGUAUAAACUGGAGGCGUCCUAUUAUUUAUAUAUACCAUAUGCAUAAUAUGUUAUUUAUUUAGGAUGCCCACGAUGGCGAAGUCAAUUCUGUGAAAUGGAGUCCUACAGAGCGAAUGUUGGCAACAGGAGGUGCCGAUAGGAAAGUCAAACUAUGGGACGUUUCAAAAUGUAUAGUGGAAAGCAAAGGCACGCUUGUCGGCUCGAACAAGAGUGUUAUGUCGGUGGAUUUCGACUCGACUGGAGCGUAUCUCGUCGGGGCGUCAUACGAUUUUGCAUGCCGGGUGUGGACGGUUUGCGACCAGAGACAAAGGGUAUAG